CUUCGGUUCACGACGCCACCGUCGUGGCUUUCACACGCUUUGGCUGUUGUGACACGUUUAUUUUUUUAAUACCUCUUAUCGCACUCUUGUGCGACGUGCGUUCGGUGUAGAACGAAGUGUUGAAUAUACUCGUAAAAUACUCUCUAGUGUUGACUGUUUAAUGCCGUUGAACGAUGUGAGCAGGGCAGUCAAGCAGUGCAGUGCAGUGUGGUGCAGUGCAACCAGCAUAAGCAGAUAAGCAGAGGAACUGAGCGAAACUGAGGGCUGAUUGAACGUGUUGGACACGUUUCGAAGCUGUGUCAAGUGAGGCGGCGGCGUGUCAUUUUUAAAACACGCUGUGAAGGAAAUGCAUGUUUUAUUAGUGGAAUUUGCUAUAUACUGAAUUUUAGUGGAGUGAAUUUUACUUUACUUCAGAAUUUUAUACUUUCUCGAAUAAUGGCUCGAAACGCGGAAAAAGCUAUGACCACUUUAGCCAGGUGGAGAGCAGCUCAAGUUAAUGAUAUGGGAAAAGAAAAAGAAAGACGACCAUAUCUUGCAUCAGAAUGUCAUGAUUUACCCAAAGCAGAGAAGUGGAGACUUCAAAUUAUUAGAGAAAUUGCAAAAAAAGUGGCUCAGAUUCAAAAUGCUGGCUUAGGUGAAUUUCGCAUUAGGGAUUUAAAUGAUGAAAUCAACAAAUUGUUACGUGAGAAAGGUCACUGGGAAGCACAAAUACGAGAAUUGGGUGGACCUGACUACGCUAAAGUGGGACCUCGUAUGCUAGAUCAUGAAGGAAAAGAAGUUCCUGGCAAUAGAGGAUACAAAUACUUUGGUGCUGCAAAGGAUUUGCCAGGUGUAAGAGAGUUAUUUGAACAAGAACCUCCUGCCCCGCCUAGAAAAACGCGUGCUGAAUUGAUGAAAGAUAUAGAUGCUGAUUAUUAUGGUUACCGUGAUGACGAUGAUGGGCUCCUUCUACCUUUGGAACAAAAUGAGGAAAGAAGAGCUAUUCAACGAGCAGUUUCUGAGUGGAAAAGUAAAAAAGAAGCAGCACUCAAUUCAACUGAGGAAGGUAGUGCUGCAAAUGAAGAGGAGGAAGAAAAUAUAUAUGCAGUUCCUGAUCAUGAUUCUGAUGAAGAUGAACCACAAUUAAAAGAUGACACGUUACAACCAAGAUUUAUUGCUCAUGUUCCGGUUCCAUCUCAACGUGAAGUAGAAGAAGCUCUCCUUAGGCGGAAGAAACAAGAACUUUUGGAUAAAUAUGCUAGUGACUCUUUGAUAAAACAGUCGGAAGAAGCAAUGGAUUUACUUGGAGUGAAUAAUAGAUGAUAUUUUUGUAUCUGCCAGACAUUUGCAUAAUUGUCGAUUUUUAUGUGUGUGUAUGUAUGGAUGUGUGUGUGUAUAUAAAUAAUAAUAGCAUUUUUAUGAAUAAAGGAUUUGUAACAAAUUGUCAUUCAAAUGUGCUUUAGUAUUAUUAAAAACAGUUAUGUGGAAAGAAACUGUUUUCUAUUGCAGAACUGGAUUAUAAAAAAUCUCUAAUAGAUUCUUUUAAAAAUAAAUAUUUUGAUAUUUAAUGGCAAUAUAAAUUGUUAAUAUUGAUAACAUUACAUUGUGAAUUAAUAAGAUAACAUUGUGACCAUAAUUGUCACUGGACUGCCAGCCCGUGUCCCUGUCCGAUCAUCCGUUCAUGAACAACACUAGCGCCUAAACAAUUUGUAGGAUGUUUUCCGAAAUCGGAGAUUUUGAAAAGAAUUUUAUUUUAAUUUAAGGCCUGCUUAACACAAAGCUUCUGAAACUUUUAAACAUUUUCUCAAAAAUAGCAGGUCAAAACAAAGGUUUGAAUUGUUAUGGCGUUUCCAACUAAUAUUUAAGAAAGUGAUUGUUUCUUCAAAUAAGAUCUGUUCUUCACAAUUAGUUCUUUAAUAAUAUCGUGUUCAUUGUUUUGAAAAUAGUUUUCAUGCAAUUUUGAGUAAAAUAUGGUCGUUAUUAAAAUUAAAUUUUGUCAAUAUGGGUUACAUUUUUCCUUUUAAUUUUUCUUCAGGAUGUUCUAAAUACAUUUAAUGAUAUGACGUAAUCGCAAUUGUGAUGUAUUCAUUUGUUAUUUUAAAAAUUAACAAUUCGGGUGUUUUUGAUAUUGUAUUGCAUUGCAUUUGUGUGUACAAGACUUCAGAUAUAUUCUAGUGAAGUUUCUCAAGUUUUCUGUUAAAAUUAACUCUUAAAUUGUCAUUUCCAGAAACACUCGAAUACUAUUUUCUGGAAA